AAAUUACGGAGAUAAUCAAAUAUUUGCGAGGAAAGAAUUUGAAAUUAAACAACGAUGACCUUACAGUUUUCCGUAAAGAAAGAAUAACCGGUUCCGUAUUCCUAAACAGGAUUUCCGCGAUCUUGGUUUUGCGUUUGGACCUGCCAACAAACACUCACCGGGCUUUGUAUCAGUUUUUGUGGACAAUUCCAACUUGCUUAUUGAAGGAAAAUAGAUUGUUGGUGAUAAAGAGAAAGCAGGUGCCUUCGAUUACCAUAGAGGUUCCAACCAACUUCAUCUCGACCAUGGUAUCUUUUAUCAACAGUACUGCACGGACGGAAAUGGGCAGUGAUCCAGUGAUUGUUGGUUCUCGUCCACCCGCUGAUGAUUGCAAGCACGAAAGCUUGGUUUCGUGGACGUUUUUGAUCCGAAAUUGUGAAAAUAAAGAGAAGAUGGUAGAUAUUUCUCUUGCAUGUGAAGGAAUGGAAAUUAUCACUGAAACAAAUCUUGGUAUUUUAGUUUUAAUAGCGCCUAUGAUCCUCUAA